CUCAACAAAUAAACCAAAAUUAAGGUCUGGUGAUCUGGUCAGUAAUUAGAAACAUUUGAAUCAGUACACAUUUAAUCAUGUCUUCCAAGUAUUUAAUGCUGCUACUCGCGUUAGCAGCAGUUUACACAGCCGCAGCUGAAAACCUAGAGAGCUAUGAAGGAGCCCAACUCCUUCGAGUAAAACUUUCAACACCGGCCCAGCUUAAAGCCAUCAGCAUUCUCGAGACGUUGAACUUCAAAGUUGAUUUUUGGCUUGAACCAUCCACAAAGCAUCCGGUGGACAUUUAUGUUCCACAACAGCACCUUUCUUCUGUGAAGUUGUACCUCAAGGAGCAUGGCAUUGAGCACGAAGUCUCAAUUCCGGACGUUGGAGAGCUCAUUUCAGAACAAGCAAGAAGCGUUAUUGGGAUCCAACAAGAUGACGAAAUGACCUGGGAUGUUUAUCACAGAUACGACACGAUUAUGACCUUUGUGGAUCGUUUGGCUGCCGACUAUCCUGACCUGGCCACAGUGGAGAACUAUGGAGUUAGUACUGAAGGUCGACCUUUGAAUAUAAUCAAAAUAGGAAGAAACGACACAUCUGGAAAAGUGAAACCUGCAUUUUUCAUGGAUGGAGGAAUGCAUGCCAGGGAGUGGAUUAGUCCAGCCAUAGUGACCUGGUUUAUGCGAGAGCUCCUGGAAAAUCAAGCAGAAAACCAAGAUAUCUUAGAUGGCUUGGACAUUUACAUUACUCCAAUCGCCAAUCCUGAUGGGUAUGAAUUUACUCGCACGAACCAACGACUCUGGAGGAAAACAAGGUCUAAUCAGAAUUCUCCAGUGGGUUGCAUGGGAGUUGAUCCAAACAGAAAUUUUGAGGUUGAAUGGGGUGGUCCUGGAAGUUCUGGAGACAAAUGUUCCGAUAUCUACAGAGGACCGGAACCUUGGUCGGAACCAGAAACACGUGGCAUUAAGGAAUUUGUCGAACGGAAAUUGGAACAAGGAGUAAACUGGGUGGCUUAUUUUGCAGUUCACAGCUAUGCCCAAAUGUGGUUAGUCCCGUGGGGAUGGACGUACGACUUGCCCCCAACGUACGAAGAAUUAAUCCAAUUUGGUAACGUAGGCGCAAGUGCGCUUACUUCCAUUCACGGGACACGGUAUGAUGUUGGCAGCGUCACCGAAUUGUUGACUCCUGGAAGUGGGGGAAGUGACGACUGGGCGUACGGCUCUGGGAUUUUUCGCUACAGUCAGACCGUCGAGGUCAGAGAUACCGGUCGAUACGGGUUUGUCCUCCCUCCUGAUCAAAUUAUCCCAUGUGCUCAAGAAACGUUCGCAGCUAUUCAAGCUGUCUCCCGAUUCAUAAUCACGGGACAAAAAUAACUAAAUCAUUUAUUACAAAUUAUUGAAAUUAUUGUCAUUUUGCCAAAUUCGGAUUCAAUAAAUUAAUUUCAAGCGAA